AUGGCGGAGGAUCAUAGGCAGCGAGUGGGGCCUGUUGACGCCGAGGUCGCUGCUGUACAUUGCGAACUCAACAUCCUUUCCAGCAUCUCUUAUCAGACUUCAAAGUCCUGUAGGCAAUCAUCAAUUCAGCCUUUGAUGGUAUUCAUUGACGCAUUGGCUAUAUGUAAAAACAAGCGGCGACUCGAGAAAGGAGGCCGUCUUGGCAGCUUCGGCAAUUUGGGAAAUACCACUCCCGUGCUUGGUCCAGCUUCACUUCAACUUGUCAUCGCUUCUCAACAAGGCUCAACAGUUCGUUCUUGCGGGCUCAUCAACGAUAGCUCGUGCUCAUUCUACACCAUGAAGAAAACUCACUCACCAGCAGAAAAGCACAUCCUCCACCCGAACAAGUAUUUACUUAGAUUCGCCACCUGCCUGUCAUACAGGUACCCCGAGAUCAACAAGCUGAUAAGUGAACCCCAGAAACCCCCAAACCGAAAUUCCACCUCAUCUUCCAACCAUAUCACAGUCUCCACCCUCGGCAGAACUCGAACCAUCCACGGAGCUUCUGAACGAACACAGCUAUAUCCUCUUCCCCCAUCACCUCCUCUCCUCUCCCCAAACCCCUAA